AUGGAUCCAAGCAUGUCCCUCCCGCAUCUUGAGGCUCCUCGUGAUGUUUUGCGAUCUGGUCUCCAUCAGCUCCGCGACGAAGUGUCUUUUGCUCAUCCAGUAGAAGAAAUUCAGAGACAGAGAAGGAAGGAGCCUGAGGGAACCGUUGACAUGAACUUGGGUAGGGUCUAUGGUUCAGCUUUCCCUGCUCAGCUGCACAUGGAACGACAAAUACUUUCCAAAUUCAGGAGGUUGCCUGGUCUGCCGUCAUCUCUCCUGGGCCUGCAUUCAAUGAUGGGUACACUUGAUGAGCUUGCAGUGGAGGAUGUGGUUGGAUACGGAGAUAAGGUGGAAAUUCCCCGUGUGGACUUGCAUGAGAUAAUGGAAUACAAGCUUGGCUUUAUCGACCAAUCGCCGCAGGCGGACCUUGCGCGGGUGAGCCAAGGCGCACUGACCGGCCUCCCCGUGCUGGCCUCGUUCCGCGCGGAAGACUGGGACCUGGAGCAGGGGGAACCGCGCGAGGCGCAGGGCGCAAGCGGGGAAGAACCUGCGGGGGAUCGGUCAGGCGCUGUAGCAGGCGUCGGCAAUUCAGGCAGCCUUGGGAUUGACGCGCUUCCAGCAGCAGCGAGAGCAGGCUCGGAUGCCGCCCGGGGAAGGGAAGAAGUCAACGAGGGGAGCAGAGAAGACGGUCGCGAGAGGAGACUGGAGGCCGAAGAGGAGAUUCCCGGGGCGAGUAGAGGACGAGGCAAUAACAAAGAGCACUCGUCCAGUGAUGACGAAGGGAGCAGUUCAGGGGAGGACGACGGCGAGACAAGCCAUUCCGACUCAGACACCUCAGACCCCUCGUGCACAUCAGACCCAGCCUCCACAUGCUCUUCCGAGGCCAUCAUAGCAUGCUUCGUGCAUGGACCCGACCGGCCGCUGUGGCCCUUCUGCGUGGACGCGCGGCGGCUGUGGUGGUACUGGCGCGCGCUGCUGCUGCUGCUGGUGGCGCUGGUGCUGUACGGCGCGUCGCUGGGCAUGGCAUGGCUGGGCAAGAUUGGGGAUGCGCUGCUCGUGCCCUGCCCCGUCUGGCCCACCUCUGGCCUCGCGCUCUACGCUGUGCUCGUGUUCGGCAUGGGCACAUGGCCGGGCAUAUUCCUGGGCGGCGCACUCCUCGUGUACACCGGAUCCGCAUGGCACCUCUCUGAACACCUCUCCACCGUGCAGAUCGUCCUCGCAUCCCUCACCAUCGCUGCAUUCCUCACAGCCUCCGUGCUCUGCCUCUCCUUCUUCCUCACACGCGUGCUGCACCGCCUACGCCCCCACGACCUCACCCCUCUGGACCGAGUCAAAGACAUUUUUCUCUUCGCGCUCUUCUCCUUCCUGGUCUCUUUGCUGUUUGAAGGCGUCGUCGCCGUCGUAGUCAGCGCGUGGGAUGCCAACCUGGCAGGUGACAGCGUGGCAGUGGCAGCAGGGCUAAGAACGCUAGGGUCGUUCACGGGGAUCAUGCUGACGGUGCCACUGCUCCUGCAGCUCACCGCUUCCUGCCUGUGCUGCUGUGCCCGGCAGCAUGGGCAGGAUAGGAAGGAGGGGAAAGAGGAGCAGGAGCAGGAGGGCAAGGAGGAGACGCCUGGGCAGGAGGGGAAGCUGGGGCAGGAGCGGCAGGAGGAGGGGAUGAGCGUCGCUGAAUCACCCCGGUCCGAAGCAGAGUCUCACUAUGCAUCUGCCACGCGCCUCCAGCCACCCCUGGGCGAGCAGCACGGGCGACGGCCUGUAAACCUGGCAGUAGUAGGUGUGGGGAGCGAGGUAGACUUGGAGUCUGUGGGGGAUACGGUAGGCAGCAGCGCAAGGCUCCACACACCCCCUUCCUUCCGCACUCUGCCCUUCCCCUCCCACCUCCCCUCCCACCCCCCCCACUCCAACCCCAACUAUUUAUCCAUCCGCCGCCCCAUCCAUUACCACCUGAAAAAACUCCUGAAAAGCCCCCUGGUGGUCAGCAUCCGGGACUCCCUUGUCUCCCUGCGCUUCUGGGAGUUCAUCUUUCUGCUGCUGCUCAAUGCUGCCACGGCCUGCCUCAUCUUCUCCACCCCUGCAGCCCCCACUUCCUCCUCCUCCACCACUGCUGUCCCUGCUGCUACUACUGCCACUGCUGCUCUCCCCUACCUGCUCUUCCCGGGGGUACUCUGGGCUUGCAUUCGCUUCCACCGCAAGGGCUCCGGGCUCGUACUCAUUAUAGUCGUCCUCAUUGUAUGCUUCUGCACGGCGCAGGGGCGUGGGCCGCUGGUGAGGGAGACGGCGAGUGGGACGGUGCUGCAGGUGCAGCUGAACCUGUCGCUGGAGGGCGAGGUGGCGAGACGGACUGAGCAGAUGCAGGCAGUCAAUGAGGAUCUGAAGAGGUCCAAGGAGGAGUUGGAAGAGGCAGGGCGGGCCAAGACAGAGUUCCUUGCCAACAUGAGCCAUGAGAUCCGCACACCCAUCCACGGCAUCAUUGGCAUGACAGCACUGGCUCUAGACGCGCUCGAGUCGCUCCAUGAUCCCCACGACCCCCACGACCCCACCACACACCCUUCCUCGGACGCGCUGGCGCUGCGGAACGAUCUGACGGUGGAGCUGCAUGAGCAUCUGACGGUUGUGGCGCAAUCUGCCGACUGCCUGCUGAACAUUGCCAACACUGUCUUGGACCUGGCGAGGAUAGAGGCGGGGCAGCUGGCGCUGGAUAAAGUGCCGUUCGCGCUGAGAGAUGUAGUGGGGUCUACUAUGAGAAUGCUGCAGAGUUCCAAUGCGACUGCCUCUGACGCUGCCCUUCUCCCUUCCCACCCCACAGGUGCGCGCAGAGCAGAAGCAGCUGCUGUUCUCAUGGCACGUGGCGGAGGGGGUGCCGCACACGGUGGUGGGGGACCCAGGCAGGCUGCAGCAGUGCAUCAUCAACCUGGUGGGCAAUGCGAUAAAGUUCACCCACCAAGGGUCGGUGGACCUCGAAAUUACUCUGCUCUUCCGCCCGCCCUCUCGCACGCGGCACCAUGGUAG